AUGUACAACAUUGGGAACAGCGUGGAAUGGAUGCACCACGGCAUUGACUGGAGAGGCGGCGGCAAUCUUGCAGCCAAGGUGGGCGAAUGCUGGCUCUGACAAAAAGGUGCAACCAGCUGCAACACACUUGCAGUAAAAUGUGUCGUAAUCUUCUCCACCAGGGAUAAAGAUUGCAGUCCAGUGGUAGGGAGGAGGCCUGCUGGAUUGUCGUGCUGAUCCUUGGCUGUCUGCCUCCUCUGCAGCCUCAUUGUCCUAACCCACAGAGAGCUGCUGGUGCAGCCAUCUCUGGAGCAGACCCAAAAGAUCAAGAAAUUCACUUGAAUGGUGCAAUGGACAUGCUCACUGCUGCAAUCUACCUGGCACAUGGCAAAGAUCAGUCCACCAUGACAGACAAGGAGCGGCUCAUCAUCAUCAACGGCUUCCUGCCACCAGUGUCCCCCAAAGACCAAGCCCACUACUUUGAUGUCAACAACAGCACCUUGCCACCACAUAUCAAACUCAAUGGUUGGGGCAGUAGAGAGUAUCACAUGCUGCUGAGCAACAACAUUGUCAGUUGCAAUCAAAAAUAUGCACAUUUUGUAGGCCAAUACAAGGUGCCUGGGACCGGCAAGCUUGUACCAGGGAGCCAGUGCAGAGCCAACAACACUGAACAUUGCAGCCUUCUCUGCGCCACUUGUAGAUCCCUCUAACAGUAUGCAUGGCAGCAUCUUGCUUUGUGCAACAGUAG